ACUUAAAUUUCCUUCAUCGUGUUCACAUCAACCACAAAAUAUCCACCUUUAUCUUACACUGAAAUUUCCUUCAUUGAGUUCACAUCAACAACAAAAUAUCCACCUUUGUCUUACACUGAAAUUUCCUUCAUCAUGUUCACAUCAACGAGUCUUUUACUUUGAACUUGCCAUGUUUCUCAACCACUCAUUUCUAUGCCGUAUUCCUUUCAAUUAACAAAUUUCCUUUGGUGUGAAAAUUUAAACCAUAACUGUUAUAUCUGUGUUGAUCCAGCUCAAUUUCAUCUUUUAUGCUCAAGAUGGGUCUUCAAACUCCACAUGACAACAAGCUUGAAAACAAUGACAAACUGGUUUGUAGUAGCAUCGACACACCCCUUCACCAAGCGGCUCGUCUUCCUCAUAACCAUUCUUCCUACAAUGAAGAUAAUUCGUUUGAUUUCCUGAGUGCUUUAAAAGAGUGUUCACCAAUCAGUUUUACGGCAUUUGGUGGAAGUACGUCCGUAAGAACUUGUUUGAAAAAAGUGAAGCAAAAUAGCAUUACUGGAAACAGGUCCGCUCACCUGGAUAACAAUGGAUCAUGUGUUGCUCCUGCGUUGCGUUUGGAUUGGCUGCACAAACUGACUUCGGAACUGCAUUGGUACAAAACAUACGUACCAAGAGACACAAAGCUUCAGCAAGACUAUACCUACAAGUACAAUCAGCAGAUACGUAAGGAAAUCGUGGGAUGCAUUUCAUCGUUUGUAGUCUCAACUACUAUCUUUCUAGGUAUUUUCUACAAUAUAUGGAGCAGCCUUUUAUCAGUAAUCAAUGUCCAGCCACUGCAAAAAGAACAUGAUCACCGUCUUUCCAUCUGGCCACCCUUGCUCGGGUUGUUCGGUUUUAUGGUGCUUGUUUGUGCUGUAGCCACAAUGGUUCUUGUUGGUGCAGUAUUCACUCGGACACAGAAAGCUAUGCUUAUCUUUUGGGUCAUUUUGAUGCAUCUUCAAUCAGCUAACUCAAUCAUCGAAGUUUUUGUUACAUUAAUAGGUGGAGUUUUCAUGGGGUGGUAUGUUUUUGAAGAAAAGCAACCACCAAAUGAAGUGAUAUGAACAAAGAUGCCAAUAGGCUGUCAGCUCAAACAAUUAUAUGAAUGUGUGUGUGUGUUUAUUUUGAUAUCAGUGUUUCUUCUAGAUUUUAUGUUUGUAAUUAGCAGCUGUAAGAAGUACCUCUGCUGUGAGAUUUGUUGUUGGAUUUUCCUUUCCAUGUUAUAGUUGUAUUGGGUACCAAA